AUGCACAGAGCAUAUCUUGAACAAUUCCAGAAAGACUUUAAACUGUUUCUGAAAUUACGUUCACAAGAAGUGGUGGCUGGAGGUGGAAUGGUUCUCACUUUAUUCGGAAGGGACAAAACUUGUGAUAUCAGAACUGCUUGGACCAUAAUUGGCACAACACUCAAUGACAUGGUCUUAGAGAAUUUGAUUGAAGAGAUAAAAUUGGAAUCGUUUAAUUUACCAUUAUAUGAUCCAACAAUAGAGGAAGCUAAAGAAGUAAUUGAGGAAGAAGGAUCUUUCACCCUUCAAAGGUUAGAAUCUGUCAUAUUGGGUUGGGAUGGGAACAUAAAUGAAGAUGUUGAUGAUGAGAAGAAUAAACUUGAUCUAAAUAAGAGGGCACAGUUUAUAACUAAAUACACUCGAGCAGCUACAGAACCCCUUUUGAAGGCACAAUUUGGAGAACAAGUCAUGGACGAGUUUUUUCUCCGAUUUAAGAAUAAGAUUUUCCAAUUGAUGAUGGACGUUGAAAUAUUGGAAUUUCCUAGUCUUGUAAUAUCACUCAUAAAGAAUGCUUGA